AUGCCUCCGAGCCUAGAGCGCCGCAACAAUGACUGUCAAUGCGCCGUCGCGACCGGAAAGCCGAGUGUGCGAGCCGCGAACGCCCUACCCUGCAGGAACAAGUCGCCGCAGGGCGAGACCGGCUCGCCGAAGUCGUCCUUGGAGCGCCGCGAGCAGACGCCCCUGCCCGUGGUGCUGGUGCUGUUCGCGGCUUCGACGUUCACUGAUGUCAGCAAGAUGGUGUGCAGCUACUCGCUGCGCUAUCAUAACCACGGUUCGUACCCGAUGAACCAGUCGCUGAUGGUGGCGCUGACCGAGGCCCUCAAGUGCGUUCUCGUGACCGUCAUGCACGUGGCCACGAGUGGAUCUCUGCGCAUGCGCCCUUCGUACAAGUUCCUGCUGCCCUCGGUCAUCUACAUGCUCACGAACAACAUAUUCUUCUACGCGCUGCACUACGUCACGCCCGCCGUCUGGCUCGUGUUCGUCCAGUGCAGGAUCUUCCUCACGCUGUUCGUCUACAAGUACCCGUUCGGAAGGCACGUCACCCGUGCGCAGUGGACCGCUGGUGCGCUCAUUGCGGCCGCCGUGGUGGGAAGCCAGGCAGACGUGCUGGCCGGCCAUGCACACUCCUCGUCAGUAGUAACAGCACUGGCUCUGGCACUUCUCUGCGGGACUCUCUCCACUAUGGUGGCCGUCUACACGGAGUACUACUUCAAGAACGACAGCCGCUCCAUCUGGGAACAGCAGUGCCAGAUCUACUUCGGCACGGCCGUGAUCUCCAGCAUUGCACCACUGUUCUCCGCGGAGGCACUCAUCAGCGCAGACGACCUGACCGGCCACGUGCUGCAUUUCCUGAUCGCCACCAUAGCGUUCAGCGCCACCAACGGCCUCUGCGUUGCGCUGGUCGUGACGCGGCUCGACAACGUGGUCAAGUACCACGUGUCCGCCACUUCCAGCGUGCUCAACACGUUCGCCUCGGCCGCGCUGUUCCCGGACCAGUUCCGCAUCACGCCCGCGUACGUCGUCUCGCUGCUCGUGCUCAUGGUGGCCAUCUACCUUUACGAGAAGAAGAGCUUCGUGUUGCCAGACUUCGUGUUCCGGUGGUUCGACGAUGGCACGAGGCGUGACGACCAGACGCUAGCGCCGGCGGCGGGAGACGAGUCCGGGGAAAGGGCCGAUGACGACGAGAAGGCGCCGCUCGUUUGAUCGGGACGAGUUCAACGACGCAUGCGCGUGGUGCGAUGACUAUGUGUGUUUGCCUGUAGUACUAUAGUGUUCUGUGGCAGUGAUGAACUAUUAUGAUUCAUUCGUGAGAUUGCUUGGCCUUGUGGUGCUGAAUGACUGUUCACUGGCGCAUUCUAUCUUAUUAAAAAUAACACAGCGGUACGCUUACCGGCUAGCCCUAGCCAU